AUGCUAUAUACUUCACCUAGUCAAGCUCGUAGUUCCAGUGCCUACUCCCUACGAUUACCUAAUAUGUCUUAAUUGAUAAAUCAAUCAUCCUUUACUCCCAAUUUUCAAUUCAAUUCACCUGUCAGAUCCUAUCUUAAAACCAACGAAAUCAAACUACGCAAACUCUAACAUUAAUCCCUUCUAGCUAAACUUACAGAUAUCAUCCAUAAUUAACAUCCUAAAAAAAUAUCACGCCCUAAUCUACUUACAAACAAUCGUCGAUCUUCUGCCUAUUGUCUCACUGAUAAAACUUAAAUUCUAUGGGAAUCACUUAAAUCCAAAUUUCAACACCAACCCACAGAAUUAAUUUAUGAACUCCUCUUAGAUCUAAUUAAACCAUCCAAUCAUAUACAACUUUCUAAAUAUACACUACCUAUACAAACUAAAUAAGAAUUUACUAAAUUUAAACAUCAAUUCAUUAUCACCUUUCUUAUUGAACCAAAUCUAAUCAAAAUCAUUCAAAAACUUGAAUUGUUACGAUAACCAUUACUUAAUCCUCCUACCCUCUAUUAAGAAUUAAAUGGCUAUUCUACAAUCACUUAAAUAGUUGACUUAUUAUACAUUUAGUUACUCAAAGAUAUUACAUUAUAGCCUUUCCUACAACCCUAUUCAUAAAAUCAAUUCACUACCUUUGCUAUUCACUUAAUCAAUAAUUUAAUUCAAUCACAAACUCAUUCCACUGAACUGACCAUUCAAUUACAUUCAUUUUCAGAACUCCAUCAAUUAAAUCAUGUUCAUUUUACUUAAUUUAAGUUCCUAUUCUAUAAAAUACUCCUCUAAUUUUAAAUUUCCCAAAGAGCUAUUCGUAAAAUCCUUAAAAUCAUUGACUAAUAUAAAUCAUCAAUUCUUAGAGCUAAACCUAUUAAAAACUAUCUGAUUGAAAAUUGUAUGCUUAUUCUUCCAUAUUUUAGCUGAUGUAUUAAACUAAAUGGUUGUUGAUACAAAAAACUAAGAAAUACAGAAAAAAUAAAUUAUGUUACUACUUGAAUAUAUUACAAAUAAUCAUUCAAGAAUCAUAAAAAAAGAUGAUUUACUUAUGCUUAAUAUCAAUCCCAAUGUUUCAUAAUCGAUACUAUCAACAAUUCAAUCACUCAAACCAAAUCAUUUACUUUUAUAAGAUUUUUCACAAGAUUUAAAAUCAUCACUUACAUAAAAUUACACUAUACCUUCUCGUUUAGUUGAUAAAUUAGCUAAAAAAUUGAAUUAAGUUCCUUUUUAUGCUACAAUAUACAAAGUAAUUGUAUUUCUCUAAUUUAGGAACAUUAAAUAGAUUGGAAAAAUUUGAUAAAAAUAGAAAUUGAUUUCAUUUCGUAAAAUAGAACACAUUUUAGAAAAAAAGAAAUUUAACUCAUUCACAAAAGACUUAAAAUAACCAAUGAAAUUUUUGAUUCCUAUAUUUAAGUAUCCUUCCUCCCCUAUUUUUUAGAAUAUCCAAGAUAUCAUGGGAGUCUAUUCAUAAAAUCUUGUAUGUCGUAUAAAUCAUUACAGAGAUUGGAUUGUUUCAGAAAAACAACUUUGA